AUGAGCUCAUUCCUCAUGGGUUAUCCACAUGCCCCCCAUCACGUCCAGAGUCCCAUGUCCAUGGGCAAUGGCCUGGAUCCGAAAUUUCCGCCCGUGGCCGAUGACUAUCAUCACUAUAAUGGUCAUUAUUCCAUGACCGCCUCCACGGGGCACAUGAACAGUGCCGUCGGAGUCGGAGUCGGCAGCGGCGGUGGAACACUCGGUGUCGGUGGCUCGGUUGGCGGGGUGACAGGUGGUGCAGCGGCCAUGUCUGGUCACCCGCAUGCGAUGCAUCCGGCGGAUAUGGUCAGCGACUAUAUGGCCCAUCACCACAAUCCCCACACGCACUCGCACACCCACCCGCACUCGCACCACCACAGCAAUAGUGCGUUGUCCGGCGUCCAUCAGCCAUCCGCCGGUGGGUACACCACUAACUAUGCCGCCGCCACACCGCCCUCUAGCCACCAUCCACACUCGCAUACGCAUCCGCACGCGCAUCCCCACCAGAGCCUCGGAUAUUACGUCCACCAUGCCCCCGAGUUCAUCUCCGCCGGAGCCGUGCACUCCGAUCCGGCGCCGCUUUCGAAUGCCGGCUACGGGCCGUCGGUGAAUGUCCCCAACAGUGGGAGCGGCUCUGGAGGAGCUGCCAUCGCCAACUCCAAUGGAUACUACGGGGGUUACGGCGGGGGUUAUGGCACUGCGAAUGGCAGUGUGGGCAGCACACACUCUCAGGGGCACUCGCCGCACUCCCAGAUGAUGGAUCUGCCGCUGCAAUGCUCCUCCACAGAACCACCCACGAAUACAGCACUGGGUCUCCAGGAAUUAGGUUUAAAACUAGAGAAACGCAUUGAAGAAGCUGUACCUGCCGGACAACAAUUGCAAGAACUGGGAAUGAGAUUGCGCUGUGAUGAUAUGGGAUCCGAAGUGGAUGAUAUGUCGGAAGAGGAUCGUCUGAUGUUGGAUCGAUCACCUGAUGAACUCCUCUCCAAUGACAACGACGACGAUCUGGGGGACUCCGACAGCGACGAAGAUCUGAUGGCGGAAACAACCGACGGCGAACGGAUCAUCUAUCCCUGGAUGAAGAAGAUCCAUGUGGCGGGUGUGGCGAAUGGCUCGUAUCAACCGGGAAUGGAACCGAAACGCCAACGCACCGCCUACACACGACACCAGAUCCUGGAACUGGAGAAGGAGUUCCACUACAAUCGCUACCUGACGCGACGGCGACGCAUCGAGAUCGCCCAUACGCUGGUGCUGUCGGAGCGUCAGAUCAAGAUCUGGUUCCAGAAUCGUCGCAUGAAGUGGAAGAAGGACAACAAGCUGCCGAACACCAAGAAUGUGCGCAAGAAGACGGUCGACGCCAAUGGCAAUCCAACACCGGUAGCCAAAAAGACCUCCAAGAGGACCAGUGCCAAGAAGCAGGCGCAACAGCAACAGCAGCAGCAGACACAGUCACAGUCACAGUCCCAGAACUUGCCACAGUCUCAGCAGAACCCACAGCAGCAGACUCCAGUGAUGAAUGAGUGCAUUCGUUCCGAUAGUUUGGAGAGCAUUGGCGAUGUGAGCUCUUCUCUGGGGAAUCCUCCCUACAUACCAGCGGCCUCUGAACCGGGCAAUGCCUAUGUCGGAUCUCAGCAGCAUCACAGCAAUAAUAAUAAUACCAACAGCAAUAAUAAUAAUAACAAUAACAACCUCAAUAAUAAUAAUACGAACAACAAUCAAAUGGUGGGACAUACGAGUCUCCAUGGGAACCAUCAUCAACAGCAGCAGCAGCAACAAUCCGAUCUCAUGACCAAUCUGCAGCUACACAUCAAACAGGACUACGAUCUUACAGCACUGUAGGCAACAGGACUACGAUCUGACGGCCCUGUAGGAAGCUGUCAAGCUAGAAAAUGUAGAAACAAACCUUAAGCACAUGUAAAUUUCCCAACCCAAACCACAGCCCCACUUCCUUUGUAGAUCUUUGUGUUUGUUUUCUUUUCUAAAAACGAAAACCUUGCGACUCUGUGGACAAGGCCAAGGACAAAUCGGAAUAUACAGUGAACAAAAAUAGUUAGUUAGACUAAAGUUAAGCAUCGACCAUUAGGUAAUCGAACCCUCACUUAACCCAAAAUCCUUUCAAACCCCAAACAAAAUGUUGUAUAUGAGAUAUAUGUGUACUUAAGCAUCCCCCCUAAGAAUCAGGUAUAAGAGAGUUUUUGUAUAAAGCCUAGAAAGAUUUGUCAUAGUCAUUAAGUGGUACAACAUAAUAGAGAUCUAUAUAUAGUACUUAGUAUAUAGGAUUGCAUAUAUGUAUAAUUAUGAUUAUUAUUAUUAUUAUUAAAUGUAGUGUGGCAUUUGUUGUGCGUCGUCUAGAUGUAUGUAAGUUCGUACGUAUAUUUUAUGGAUACAAAUAAAUGAUAUAAAAUGAAAGAUAA